CUGACCUGGAAGCCGUGAUCUCACACGUCCAACCACCGCAUAGAAGAGGGGACACGAUGCAUCCUGACGUCUCUGCGUCUAUGGCGCUCCUCAACUCCUCCCGGAGCGGCCCUCUGGCGAAGGCUGGCGGCGGCUCCAACAUGGACACGCUCUCCGUCAUUCUCUACACGCUGACCAUCCUGCUGGGCAUCCCGGGGAAUUCCAUCGUGAUCUGGGUGGCAGGCUUCAAGCUCAAGCCAAACGUCCUCAACGUGUGGUUGGUCAAUCUGGCCAUCGCAGACCAUAUCUUCUGCUUGACGCGAAUCUCCUCCCUGGUGAAGAAGCUCUUCCUGGACCACUGGCCCUUCGGCAUCUUCAUCUGCAAGUUCAACGGCUUCUUCAAGUACGCCAACAUGUUUUGCUCCGUGCUCCUGCUGGCGGUGAUCAGCAUCGACCGGGUACUCUGCGUCUGGCGGCCGGUCUUCACUAGGCGCCACCGCACCGUGUGGGCCGCCAAGGUGGUGGCCGUAUGCGUGUGGGCGGCCGCCGUCGUCUUCAGCUCGCCUUACUUCUUCUACCGCCAGGUCUACCCGGACUCCAAGAACCUGAGCAAAUGCUCGGUGGAGGAGGUGCAAGAGAGAGACACCAGAAUGGUGCUCUACUUCAUCCGCUUCCUGUGCGGCUUCCUGGUGCCCUUCCUGGUCAUCCUCAUCUGUUACAUCUUGGCCGGGGUGGGCAUCCGGCGCACCCGUCUGUCAGGGAAGUCCCGCCCCCUGCACAUACUGGCCUUGCUGGUCGUCGCGUUCUUCCUGUGUUGGGCGCCGUACCACGGACUGCUGCUGCUCAGGAUGGUGGACAGCUCCAACCGCGUGGUGAAGUUCUGGCUCCCUGCGGCGAAGGGCAUGGCCUACUUCAACAGCUGCGUCAACCCGCUCCUCUACUUCUUUGUGGGGCUCAAGUUGAGAGGGCGGUCCAGGCAGUCUUUGGAGGGGGUGUAUAGGACCGCGCUGGCCGACGAUGUAGCGAGCCAAACCAAGGACGAGUCAGUGGAGGGAGGGGUCGAGGCUGAAUGCUAAUGUUAUGCCUUAGAAAAAGCUUUUUUUAAACCUCAAGUUUCCAUAAACUCAGACAUGAAUAUUUCUUAUAGUCUACUCUCAACCUUGAAUUUUGUGGUUUCACUAUCAAAAAUUACUUAAUACUUAAUAUUACUUAAUAAAUCAGUGCUGGUUCAUGGUUGACUGUGGCCUAUUAUUAGUCCAUAAAUAUGCAUAUUUAAAUAAAUGUUUGAUAUUUUUGGCCUAAAUCUAGCAUCCAAGCAUAAAAAUUGCUAUUGAACUAAAAAAACGAAUAUAAGGCAAGAUACUGUACAUGUUUAUAAAUAAUAAUAC